AUGCCCAGGUUGUCAGCUUUUUCUUUUUUGUUUUCUCAUCUUAGAACAAAAUUGAAUUAUAAUCCUCCAAAGGAUGAUGGCUCAACAUACAAGAUUGAACUUGAAGGGAUAUCUGUUGAUAUCAUGAAAGAGAUACUAGAUUACAUCUUCAGUGGGCAGAUCAGGCUAAAUGAAGAAACUAUCCAAGAUGUGGUACAGGCAGCUGAUCUCCUGCUGCUUACAGACUUAAAAACUCUCUGCUGUGAGUUUUUAGAAGGUUGCAUAGCUGCUGAGAACUGUAUUGGUAUUCGGGACUUUGCACUGCACUAUUGUUUGCAUCAUGUUCACUACCUUGCCUCAGAGUAUCUGGAAACUCACUUUCGAGAUGUCAGCAGCACAGAGGAAUUCUUGGAACUGACUCCUCAAAAACUGAAAGAAGUGCUGUCGAUGGAAAAGCUCAACGUUGGAAAUGAAAGAUACGUCUUUGAAGCGGUGAUUAGGUGGAUUUCUCAUGAUUCAGAAUCAAGAAAGGUUCACAUGAAGGAUGUCAUGUCAGCAGUGUGGGUUUCGGGCUUAGAUGCAGCAUACUUACGUGAGCAGAUGAUGAGCGAACCACUGGUACGGGAGAUCGUCAAAGAAUGCAACAAUAUUCCCCUCACGCCGCCCCAGCAGGGAGAGGCGAUGCUGGCCUCCUUCAAGCCCCGGGGUUACUCGGAGUGUAUAGUGACUGUUGGUGGAGAAGAACGAGUAUCACGGAAACCAACCUCAGUGAUGCGGUGUAUGUGUCCUCUUUAUGAUCCCAAUAGACAGCUCUGGAUUGAACUUGCUCCUAUGAGUAUUCCAAGGAUCAAUCAUGGAGUAUUGUCAGCAGAAGGAUUUUUAUUUGUGCUUGGUGGUCAGGACGAAAACAAGGGAACACUAAGCUCUGGGGAGAAAUAUGAUCCAGAUACCAAUUCAUGGAGUUCCUUACCACCAAUGAAUGAGGCACGACAUAAUUUUGGUGUGGUAGAGAUUGAUGGAAUUCUGUAUAUUCUGGGAGGUGAGGAUGGUGAAAGAGAGCUGAUCUCUAUGGAGAGCUAUGAUAUUUAUAGCCGGACCUGGACCAAGCAGCCAGACUUGACCAUGGUUAGAAAGAUUGGCUGCUAUGCAGCUAUGAAGAAGAAAAUCUAUGCAAUGGGUGGAGGCUCCUAUGGAAAACUCUUUGAAUCUGUUGAGUGUUAUGACCCUAGGACUCAGCAGUGGACAGCAAUCUGUCCUCUGAAAGAGAGAAGAUUUGGGGCAGUGGCCUGUGGAGUUGCCUCGGAGCUUUAUGUAUUUGGCGGGGUCAGGAGUCGGGAUGACAGUCAAGCCAGUGAGAUGGUGACGUGCAAAUCUGAAUUUUAUCAUGAUGAGUUUAAAAGGUGGAUUUAUCUAAAUGACCAGAACCUAUGUAUUCCAACUAGUUCUUCCUUCGUGUAUGGAGCUGUGCCCAUUGGAGCCAGCAUAUAUGUGAUUGGAGAUCUCGAUACAGGUACAAAUUAUGACUAUGUUAGAGAAUUUAAAAGAAGCACGGGGACCUGGCAGCGCACUAAACCGCUGUUUCCAUCAGACCUCCGCCGUACUGGCUGUGCGGCUCUGCGGAUCGCAAACUGCAAACUCUUCCGACUGCAGCUUCAGCAAGGGUUGUUCCGCAUUCGUGUACCUUCUCCGUGA